AUUGUCGAGGCAGGUUGGCAGUGUUCGGUCGAGACCGAGAGCCGUUAGUCGAUACCGAGAGACUCGAGCUGCAGUCGCGAUCGGUUCGAUUUCUCUCUAAAUUCCACAGCCGAUCGUUAAUUUUUCGUAAUUUUUUGGCUUUAGCCCCAAUCGUUUUGACGAAUCUCGCGAUUUAACUUGCCGAUUUACUUUCACGUCGCCAUCAUGAUAAGAGAAAUAUUUGUGCUAUUUAUCGCCACGAGUUUCACCGCCGAUUUCGCCGCCGCAACCACUGUCCUCGAGUGUUCUACCGGUAAGGUGAACAGGAAUCCCAAGGCAGUUUCGAUAUCGAAGUGCGACCAGCCGCCAUGCCUGCUGAAACGAAAGACGACGAUAGACGUCGAGCAGCAUUUCGUCCCGGACAGAGACGUCCAUUCCCUGAAGACUAGCGUCAACGCCGCCGUCCUUGGAGUCUCGUUGCCCUUCGUCGGCGUCGACGGAUCCAACGCCUGCAAUCAGAUUUACAACGUCGACGGCUCGAAGGCGAGCUGCCCGCUGACUAAGGGCACCGAAUACGUAUACAAAAACAGCUUUCCAGUUCUCCAGAUUUAUCCAAGGAUCGCCGUGAAGGUCCACUGGGCUUUGACUGAGGGUCCGGAUAACAUCGCCUGCUUCGAAGUGCCGGCUCAAAUAAUGUAAAAUCAAAAUCCAAAAUGGAGCAAUCGUGCACUACACAUACGGAUCAUUAACUGUUACACAGGUUAUACCAGAAUUCAAUAAUUAUUAGUUAACAUAUGUAAGCGUUUUCAACAUUGCGAUUCAAUUUUUAUUUUUUUUUGUACGAAAUGAUAGGACAUUUUUGAAAAAUUUUUCUUGUUUUUUUUGUCAUCUUCUGUAAGUAGGUAUUUUAAGAUCGGAUAAUCGAUGUAAAAUUUAAAACAAGGGAGAAAGAAGAAACGAAAAAAAAAUUCAAUGAAAUUCCAGCAUGAAUUUUCCGUAAUUUUUUUUUUUAAUUUUCUUCUCUUUUUUAAUCUCAUCAUUCACGGAUCUGUACGUAAGUAUAAAUAAUUUUUAUUACAUGCCUACAUAUAGUAUAAUUAUUACAUGUUAUAGAUGUGUAAGGAAAGUGGAAUAAAAGUUUAUAAAAUUUUCA